CCAGCUGAGCCCCCGCGCGCCCGGCCCGGCCCGGCCCGGCCCAGCGCGCCCCGCUUCUCACGAAGCCGCCCUGCGCCCAUACCAUGAAGGAGGAGGCCUUUCUGCGACGACGCUUCUCACUGUGUCCGCCCUCGUCCACCCCGCAGAAGCUCAGCCGGAACCUGCUCGUGGGUGGAGAGCAUGAGCUCGAUGUGGGUCCAGGGAAGGACAUGGAGCCCCACGGCCCGUCACCAACCCGGGAUGAAGGGCCCCCAACCCCAGGCUCUGCCACGAAGGUGCCACCGGCUGAAUAUAGGCUGUGCAACGGGUCCGACCGGGAGUGUGUGUCCCCGACAGCCAAGGUCAGCAAGAAGGAAGCUCUCAAGGCGCAGAAGGAGAGCUACCGCCGGGAGAAGAAGCGUGCCACCAGGCAGCUGCUCAGCGCCCUGACGGACCCCAGCGUGGUCAUCAUGGCGGACAGCCUGAAGAUCCGAGGGACCCUUAAGAGCUGGACCAAACUGUGGUGCGUGCUAAAGCCGGGAGUGCUGCUCAUUUACAAGACGCCCAAGGUGGGCCAGUGGGUGGGCACGGUCCUGCUGCACUGCUGUGAGCUCAUCGAGAGACCCUCCAAGAAGGACGGCUUCUGCUUCAAGCUCUUCCACCCGCUGGACCAGUCCGUCUGGGCUGUGAAGGGCCCCAAAGGCGAGAGCGUGGGCUCCAUCACGCAGCCCCUGCCCAGCAGCUACCUGAUCUUCAGGGCCGCCUCCGAGUCUGACGGCCGCUGCUGGCUGGACGCUCUGGAGCUGGCGCUGCGGUGCUCCAGUCUCCUGCGACUCAGCGCCUGCAAGCAGGGCCGCGACGGGGAGCCCGGGUCCUCGCCAGACGGGUCGCCCUCCUCGCUCUGCGGGCUGCCUGCCUCGGGCGCCGUCCACGACCAGGACCUGUUCCCACUGAACGGGUCCUCCCUGGAGAACGACGCUUUCUCGGACAAGUCGGAGAGGGAGAACGCCGAGGAGUCGGAUAACGAGACCCACGACCACAGCCGGAAGACUGAGAGCGGGAGCGACCAGUCUGAGGCCCCGGUGGGCCCCGGGCGCAGAGGGACCACCUACGUGGUACAGGACCACGAGGAUCUGGGGGAGCAGGGCGAGGCGUCGCAGGUGGAGACGGUGUCAGACGAGAAUAAGAGCUUGGUGUGGGUCCUGCUGAAGCAGCUGCGGCCGGGCAUGGACCUGUCUCGCGUGGCGCUGCCCACCUUCGUGCUCGAGCCGCGCUCAUUCCUCAACAAGCUCUCCGACUACUACUGCCACGCCGACCUGCUCUCCAGGGCUGCGCUGGAGGAGGACGCCUACAGCCGCAUCAAGCUCGUGCUGCGGUGGUACCUGUCCGGCUUCUACAAGAAGCCCAAGGGCAUCAAGAAGCCCUACAACCCCGUCCUGGGGGAGACCUUCCGCUGUUGCUGGUUCCACCCCCAGACCAACAGCCGCACCUUCUACAUCGCUGAGCAGGUCUCCCACCACCCACCCGUGUCCGCUUUCCACGUCAGCAACCGGAAGGACGGCUUCUGCAUCAGUGGCAGCAUCACCGCCAAGUCCCGGUUCUACGGGAACUCACUGUCAGCUCUGCUGGAUGGCAAGGCCACCCUCACCUUCCUGAACCGGGCAGAGGAUUACAGCCUCACCAUGCCCUACGCCCACUGCAAAGGCAUCCUCUACGGCACGAUGGCCAUGGAGCUGGGUGGCAGGGUGACCGUCGAGUGUGAGAAGAACAGCUUGCAGGCUGAGCUGGAGUUCAAGCUCCAGCCCUUCUUCGGGGGCAGCACGAGCAUCAACCAGAUCUCGGGGAAGAUCACGUCGGGCGAGGAGGUCCUGGCACGGCUCACGGGACACUGGGACAGGGAAGUGUUCAUCAAGGAGGAGGGCAGAGGAGGCCCUGAGCUCUUCUGGAACCCCAGCGAGGAGGUGCGCAGGCAGCGGCUGAAGCGGUACACGGUGCUGCUGGAGGAGCAGACGGAGCUGGAGUCGGAGAGGCUCUGGCAGCAUGUCACCAGGGCCAUCAGCGAGGGUGACCAGCACAAAGCCACGCAGGAGAAGUUUUCCCUAGAGGAGGCGCAGCGGCAGCGGGCCCGGGAGCGCCAGCAGAACCUGGUGCCCUGGACGCCCCAGCUCUUCCACCUGGACCCUGCCACCCAGGAGUGGCGCUACCGAUACGAGAACUGCAGCCCCUGGGACCCCCUGAAGGACAUCGCCCAGUUUGAGCAAGAUGGGGUCCUGCACACCCUGCAGCGGGAGACCGCCUUCCUGGGCAGCCCGGGGCCCAGGCACCAGGGGUCCGCCCCCAACCCUCGGCUCCGCAAGCCCAGCGACCAGCCCUCCGGACACAGCCAGGUCACCGAGAGCAGCGGCUCCACGCCCGAGUCCUGUCCUGAGCUCUCUGACGAGGAGGAGGAGGACGGAGACUUUGUUCCGGGCUGCGAGAGCCCGUGCCCUCGGUGUGGGAAGGAGGCGCGGCGGCUGCAGGUGCUGCACGAGGCGAUCCUGUCCAUCCGGGAGGCCCAGCAGGAGCUGCACAGGCACCUCUCGUCCAUGCUGAGCUCCACGGCCCGCGCCAGGCAGGCCCCGGCCCCGGGCCCCCUGCACAGCCCUCGUUCUUGGUUCCUGCUCUGCGUGUUCCUGGCGUGUCAGCUGCUCAUUAACUACAUCCUCAAAUAAGAGCCCAGUGGGGAUGGCGUGGGCAUCGUCUGCAGGACUAGGGGGCAGGGGAAGCCGAGCCUCCCUCCCAGGCACCUAGCACUUUAAGCCAGCCCUAUGGAGGCAGAGACUCCGUGAGCACGGCCCACGUGGACAGCAGGAGGGACCUGGGGGGGUGGUUGCUGCGCGGGAUACCCCUGGCGAGGCGCUGGCCUUUCCCACAGGGCCCUCCACCCCGCGCUGGCCUUAAUGCUGAAGCCAAAUGCCACUUUCACCCUGGGCCACGCUCUCUGGCAGCCUUCCCUCAUCACCCCCUCCCCGGGCAGCCUCAGGGGGCUGAUGGUGGAGGGGCAGGAGGGCCCGCUGGGCUCCAGGUGUUGCCCCUCAGCAGGGGUGAGUAGGAGGCUCUGAGGAGCAAGCUGGCACCCCAGGUCCUCUUGGGGGCCCAACACACAGAGCAUCCCUUCCCAAGCCCCCGCCCACGCUGUCCUGGACGGGCUGCAGGUGGGCUUCAGGCGCCGGCUGGGCUGCGAUGGAGCUUCCUUCUGCCCCCUGUGCCGUCUGCACGGUGGGGCCCAGUUCAUACACUUCACAGGCCCAGCCCAUCUCCCUCAGCCAGGACAUGCCAAGCUGGGGCGGGCACAUCUGAGCAUGGCAUGCCUGGGGGCAUUCCUGGCCUGGGCCCGAGGGGGGGACACUUCAUUCAGACAGACAUGCACGGUCUUCCCUUCCCACAUUUUUAAUAAACGCAAUUGCAAUAUUUUAGGCAGGCUGCGAACAGCGUCUGUCAACUGGCCUCUGUUCCUGUGUCAGAUGCUGUGUGUGUGUGUGUGUGUGUGUGUGUGUGUGUGUGUGUGAAGCUCUGCACGUGCAGACACAGACGGGGCCGUAAAUUCAGCUGUGAUGGUGCCAUCUGAGCUGACCAGUUUUGUAUCCAUGUUCUUGCUCCUCCUCCAAUUUGGGGACACGUCUCCACGCGUGAAAUAAACAGACGCACAUGUUGUA